CUCCACUGUAUCCUGAGAUGAUACAGAUCAGAUGGUGACAGAAGAGAAGGUGCCCAGCUCCUGGGUACAUGAUGUACGCACCAGUUGCAUGCCCACAAGCCAAGUAUCCACAAGUUAACUAUCCAAGAAGACAAAACCGAUUUUGGAGCCCUCUCACGCUGGCCGUUUUCACAGUGGUCAUUGUGAUAAUCAUAGUGAUCGCCAUUGGUAUUGUUGCUCGCGUUGUUAUUGCGGAUGAAAAGACCUUCUAUUACCUUGUCACCUUUAAGAUCACUAACAUCAAAUAUAAAGAGAAAUAUGGAAGAAAAACUUCAAGAGAAUUUGUAGAGCGGAGUCACCAGAUUGAAAGAAUGAUGACUAAGAUAUUUCGACAGUCAUCUCACAAAGGAAGAUAUAUCAAAUCCCAUGUUAUCAAACUGAGACCUGAUAAAGAUGGUGUGAAAGUCGUUAUGUUGUUCCUUUUUCGCUACCCUUCCUCAAUUGACAAAGUAAGAAUUAAGAAAAAAAUUGGAAGUACACUAUAUCAGGCCCUGAAAACCAAAACAUUUUCUUUGGCCAUAAGUAAUCCUUCAAUUAAAAUCACACCCAUUGAUUCUAUGAAGACAAGGGACCUUCUCAACAGCCGUUGUGGGAUACGUACGACCUCAUCAUCCCUGCCAUUGACAUCAGCUUCAACAACUGAGAGGAUAGUCAUGGGAACUACGGCUGCAUUAGUAGGAGAGUGGCCAUGGCAAGCCAGUCUCCAGUUAAAGGAUUCUGGCCAUCAAUGUGGCGGCAGCUUGAUCAGUAACACCUGGAUUGUGACUGCAGCUCACUGCUUUCAGAAAACCAAGAAUCCAAGGCAAUGGAUUGUGACAUUUGGAACAACCAUCACGCCACCUUUAGCAAAACAAAAUGUUGGCACAAUUAUUGUUCAUGAAAAGUACAACAACAUUACACAUGAAAAUGAUAUUGCAUUGAUGCAACUAGCUGAAAAUGUUGAAUAUUCCAAUGAGAUCCAACGAGUUUGCCUCCCAGAAUCCUAUAUAAAAUUGCCACCUCAAACAAGUGUGUUUGUCACUGGAUUUGGAUCUGUGGUAGAUGAUGGACCAACCCAAAACCUUCUUCACCAAGCCAGAGUGGAAAUCAUUAGUACUGAUGUGUGUAACGGAACAGAUGUGUAUAAUGGUCUUAUUAAAAAAGGAAUGCUAUGUGCUGGAUAUAUGGAAGGAAAAGUUGAUGCUUGUAAGGGUGAUUCUGGUGGACCCCUGGUUUAUCCUGAUCACCACGAUAUCUGGUACCUUAUUGGAAUAGUGAGUUGGGGAGAAUCAUGUGCUCUUCCCAAAAGACCUGGAGUCUACACUCAAGUGACUCAGUAUCGGAACUGGAUUAACUCAAAAAUUGGUUUCUAAAGCAAAAUCUUCAGUUGAGUAAAAUGAAUGAGUUGUAUAUAAGUAAUAUUCAUCUGAAAUUCCAAUAUCAUAUGAAUUUUCACCUGCAUAUGAUUUGGGCCGAUGCCCUGAAGACAUCAUGAAUCACAAAAGACUCGUGUUGAUUUAUUAUUCUCUACCUUGCUGCACAUAUCUCACUUACAUUCUUCCUACCAUGAGGAAAGUGGAAGCUAUAAUGACAGAUAAAACAAAGCCACUAACAAAGAAAAGUCCUUUCUAAUAUGAUUUUUAAAAGAAGUUUUACUAAUGACUUUUGUUUUUACAUCAGAGUCAUUCUCAAAUUUAUCAUUACAACCCCCCCAUAUUGAACAUACUCUCACAACAAUGAAAAACAAUUUAGAAAGUCAGCAUAUAUAGUUAAUGUCUCUGACCAUACAUUCAACAUUCUGCACCUAUAGUCCCCAUAUCUCUCUUCUGAGAAGACCUCUCUGAUAUUAUUUUACUUAUUAACUAUAUUUAUAAACUUUUUUUCUCCAUGGUGAAGAAAGAGGGUAUUUUUCUUUAGGAUAGUAGGGAGAUUCUAACAUUAUAUAGCAAUUCUUCACACUUUUUGAUUUUUAUAAUAAAUACAACCACUCUAUUUAUGGCUGGGGGUGAUAGAUAAGCCAUUUCUUCUAGGAACACAGUAACUGAAUUGUAUUACUUAUUUACACUAUCUUCUAGUGGUAGAGUAUGGGCAUUGAUGUAUUAAAAACUAGAAAUCUUCUUCAAGUCCAAUACCUAAAGGACAGAAUAUUAACCAUUAUGUUAUUGCAUUUGCCACUUAAUAAUUAUCUGAAGCUGUAAUAUACCAUUUAUAUUUAUAUAUGGGGCACAGAGCAUCUGCUUAUUACAUUGGCACUCAUUCUGCAUGCUGUAAUAAGAAGCACAUCAUUACUUGGAGGUAAAGCUGAAAGAAUGAGAAAAGAUGGCUUGGUGCUGAAUGCAUCUGAAGAAUCUUGGAGACAACAGUGUGGAUGAACAAAAGAAAGAUGUUGAAGAAAAGAUGUGCCUCAGGCUAAUUGAUGGGUGGCUCCAAAAGCUGUUUUUGAAUGUGUGUUUUUAAGUAUGGUUGAAGACAGAAAAGACUAUCUUCCCAGAACACCAAAGAUCUGUGCCAAAGUAUGGUGAUCAGUGUUCUAUUACAUCUGCUAUUGAUAGUUUUGCCACUUUUCAUCAACACAUAAAGUCAGCCUAGAUCUAAAGGAAAAAAAUCAGUGAUUCUUAGACAAGGGAGCCAGGAUUCAUUAAGAUGAAUAGGCUGACAUUUUGGGAUCAUAUGUUGUACAAAUUCUUCUUCUUCAUGUGCUUCAUUUAGUACAACUUGAAAUAAUUUGCCUAAACAUGUUCCUUCCUAAAACCAUAUAAUUAACUUCUAUUUUUCUUCCAUUACAUUUGGAAAACUGGGGAGACUCCUAUGCUUUUGCAGUGAUUUAUACAUCUUGUUAAUAUGUUUCAAAGAAUUUUCCCCACCCCUCCAAAUAAUAUUUUAUGGGAUUCUAAGAUUUACUGCCUUCAACAGCAGCAGAGGGCUCCAGAUAUAUUUGUGCUCAACUCAGGGACUAAUGUGCAAAGCACAAAUCUCUUGUAGCUGUGAAUUACCGAUGAAGUGUCUGAUUUCUGUUUUUCAUUUUUUUGUCUUGAUUUCCUUUCAUUCCCAGUUACCAGCACUCUCUCUUUCCUGACAUUAUCUUGUAUUUAUUUCUUAUCUGUGUACAUUUACACCCCCUUCCCCAAACAC